AUGAUGAAUCCUGCAGAUCAUGGAGAUCUUUGCUGCUGCUGCCCAUGGAAUUCAAUCCCAGGUGAGUCAUUUAGCCUGACCAGAACAACCGUUGUCGAGGUGGUUAUACCAGCAAAUAUGAACCAAGGCCAGACUACAACAAAACCACGGAGGAAAAAAGCUACAAGAGCAUGCUCCCACUGCCAAAAGGCACAUUUGACUUGCGAUGAUUCUCGACCCUGUCAAAGGUGUAUCAAACGAGGUUUAGAGAGCACAUGCACUGACGGCACAAGGAAACGAGCAAAGUAUCUUCAGGAUGAUGAAUACAGCAAAAGUGCUUCUCCAGCAGCAUCGACACCUUCUGAACCACAAUCAUUAUCGGCAUCCUUUGAUCAACAACGAUUUAAUCCAGGAGGAUUUGAUCCCCAGCUGAUCAAUAUUGGGAACGACUAUGGAUUUGGGUCCGAAUCGGCCAAUCUCGAAUACGGUGUUUUAUCCAACAUGUUGCAACUCAACGGCGUGCUUGAUCAACAACCACAACAACCACAACCCCAAUCCGCUAUAUCCUAUCUAGGCCAUACAUUUGAUUCCAACACAAGUGAUAUGGUCAUGAUGCGUGGCAACAACUCGCCUAGUAUGGCAUCUGCAUCCUCUGAUACCGCUUCACCACGAGUGACCCACCCAACAACAGCAACAUCCCCAUUGGAUCAACUCGCUAAAAACAAAACCAUCAAACGUCGAAAAGGGGUUGGAAGUACACCCGAGGAAACGUAUACUCGCAUCAAAGCACCUUUCAAUUAUGCAGAAGGAUAUCAUUACCUAUUCCAGCAUGUGCGUCGAAGGAUGGGACAAGAUGAAUUAAUGCGGAUAUCUCGUGCAUUGGCCAUGUUUCGACCUUCUUUUAUUUCCACCAUGGUCAGCCUAACAGAGGAAGAUUUGAUUUAUAUGGAAAAAUGUGUACAACGCACAUUGAUGGAAUACGAGAAGCUUAUCAGCUUUUCAGGUACACCCACAGCGGUUUGGCGGAGGACAGGCGAGAUUGUACUCGUGGGCAAGGAGUUUUCAUUGCUCACCCAAUGGAGUAAAGAAGCCUUACUUGACAAAAAGACAUUCAUUUACGAGCUUAUGGAUAAUGGUUCAGUGAUUGAAUACUGGGAGAAAUAUGGAGAACACGCUUUCAGUGAUACGGAAUCCUCGGUUUACAUGUCCGUCAUUCUCAUGAGUCCCACGUAUAGGCCGGUGCCAUGUAGUUUCUGCUUCACCAUCAAACGUGAUAUUUUUGAUUUGCCAAGUGUCGUCGUUGGCAAUUUCCUUCCCAUCCUAAGCGGGAGCACAUUAUAG